AUGGAGCCCAGCAGCAAACAAGUAUUCCAGCCUAUUCACACCGAAGCGCUGUCUUCCUGGGCAUCCAACUCCUCAAAACUCCCAAGGAUAUUCAUUCAGGAAGUUCAUCUAGACAGCGACAUGCUUCGCAAGUUCGGUCAUGCUGAUCGUGGUAUUCCUGCGUUUUACGGAAAGGCCGAACCGGAAAUCGAACUACAGACUAAACAGUUGAUGGAUAAGAAUUUUCUUAAAGUUUUCGCUUAA